UUAGCAAAUGUCUGAAAUUUACGUUGGACAAACAAAACGACCAACGGUUUUUUUUCAAGCUAUCAAAAUAACCGCGAACGCUGCAUUCAUCAGAUUGUUAAAUUUAUCCAAAAUUUAGCCGCUUAAGAACUAUCGGCUGAGUUGCUGCCUGCCGUGCUGAUAAGACAAUCAGCGAUAAAGCGCUGCUGUCUCUGCCACUGCCGUUUGCUAUUUGCUGCUUGCUAACAUGUUGCUGCAGCUUUGUUGAUUUAACAGGUAUAUAAAGCUAUGUACGUUAACUACCUAUAAACGCACCAAAACAACGGCUGGGCUACAUAGUAAACUGACGGCAGGCAGUAGACGCUCACAAAAAAACAAGCGAACACCGCGCAGACAUAAACGAAAGUAAAAUUUUAAAUGUCACCAGCUUGAUAAGAAAAGUAGUUCAUUUAUAUUGAUUUUGGAAUUUAGUCUCUGUUGUGGGUAAUCGCAGCACGUUAUCUUCGUAGACGGUGUGUUAUUGUGUGCGUGUGUCUUAGUAAGACGGUAGCGCGCAAGCGCUCCACGCACCUUAACAAACGACUACACACACAAACUGUUAUCAAUUACAACGCGCAAUGUCACACGGCAUAGUGAGCGGCGGAGCAGGAGCAGCAGCAGCAGCAGUCGUCGAUAGCAGUAGCCUAAACGCACAAUCCGCCACCACAGAAUAUCGCGAAGUACACUGGACGUCGAAUGUCAUGGACUCCUCACGCGUAUCCACAUGUCUCAUUUCAAUGCUGUUAAUCGUUUAUGGCAGCUUUCGUAGUCUGAAUAUUGAACAGGAGGCACGUGAACGCGAACAAAAGAAACGUAAUGAAUCGAUGAUGAAUCUGAUAACUGGAGAACCGGUGGAGCAGGAGACAAACAAAUUUGCGACGCUGGAUACAAUGCAUGCAUUGUGCUUGCCGUUAGGUGCUUCCGUAUCGCUGCUAGUUAUGUUCUUCUUCUUCGAUUCCAUGCAAUUACUUUUCGCCGUUUGUACAGCAAUUAUUGCCACGGUAGCUUUAGCUUUCCUUCUGUUGCCCAUGUGCCAGUACAUCAUACGGCCAUGCACCGACGGCAAUCGCAUAUCGUUCGGCAUAUGUGGCCGUUUUACCGCAGCUGAGCUCUUUAGUUUUGCACUCUCUGUGUCAAUUGUAUGUGUUUGGGUACUCACCGGUCAUUGGCUGCUAAUGGAUGCGAUGGGUAUGGGUUUAUGCGUAGCGUUCAUUGCUUUUGUACGCUUGCCAAGCCUCAAGGUGUCUACUCUCUUGCUAACCGGGCUGCUGAUCUACGAUGUCUUUUGGGUAUUCUUUUCAUCGUAUAUCUUUAGCACGAAUGUAAUGGUUAAGGUGGCCACCAGGCCCGCCGAUAAUCCGGUGGGUAUUGUGGCGAGAAAACUGAAUUUAGGGGGCAUAGUGAAGGAACCACCGAAACUUAACUUGCCAGGAAAACUGGUUUUUCCAAGCAUACACAACAGUGGGCAUUUUUCCAUGCUAGGUUUAGGCGAUAUUGUGAUGCCGGGGUUGCUGUUGUGUUUUGUAUUGCGUUAUGAUGCUUAUAAGAAAUCGCAAGGCAUUACCACAGAUCCGACGUUACAGCCACCGAAAGGAGUCGGCUCGAGGCUCACAUACUUUCACUGUUCCUUGUUGGGCUACUUCCUUGGCCUACUCACCGCUACCGUAAGCUCGGAAAUUUUCAAGGCAGCACAACCGGCAUUACUGUACCUGGUGCCGUUUACGUUACUGCCUCUACUGACCAUGGCUUAUCUCAAGGGUGACUUGCGGCGCAUGUGGAGUGAGCCGUUUAUAACACAACAACCAUCAAAGCAACUGGAAGUCUGAGUGCUAUUCGACACUACUUUCUUUGGAUUACGUUUAACGAGUGAACGUUUAUA